UGUCAUCUUCUGAUGCGAACGGGAUUGCCAUUGUACUGUAAGUUCCCCUCGCUUGCAUUGCUAUGCAGCUGCCCCUCCGAAAGCAUACUCGAUCCUGUCAUCCCGGCAUGUCUCGACGGCCGAUGGUCAUAGGUGCCAACUCACGGGUCCCUGCGACUUCGUGGAAGAUCUCCAUGGCAGCCACUCACUCCUUAUCAAUCGUUGCAUCUCCCAAAGUCUUUGACUAAUGCUGUUAUCACGUCCCUAGAUUGUAGCUGUUGCCUGCUUGAGUGACGAGCGAGUCCCGCGAAUAAUUCCUGGAGUCGCCCCUUCCUCAACAACACAGAAACCGUCUGCAGCGACUGCCAUUGAGCUUCCGAGACGAGACUAGGGUCUGUCGAUGUCACUUUCCUCUGCUUCUCUCGACGUGAUCGACUCCCUCAGAAAAGAGAUUCUCAAGAACAAUCCGACCGACUUGAUACAAUUCUGCGCCAAUUACUUCACUCGACAGCUCGAGCUCGAACGCUCCCACUUCCUUUCGUCUCUCAAUACCCAAGGCACCAAGAUGUCUGGCAGCACAUUUCCUGGCCGAUUCGGCUCAAAUUCCAACCCAUUCGGCGGAGCUACUACAAAUGCGGGCGAGCAAGUAGGUUCUGGACAAAUCUCAAAGGUUAUGGAGGAGGACGAGACUGACACAAUCACUUCACCUACCUCUCCCAACUUCAACUUCGGCAACAGUGGUGGUCAGUUCGGUGCGCCAUUUGGCGGUGAUGCUUCUGGAGAAGGUCCACCAUCGUCUUUCAAGGCGGCAGAUGGAUUUCCAUCUCAGUAUGGAAUGGGCCGACGAACAUCAGUCUCUGCUGAAUCACUCAAUCCAACAGCUGCUUCCAACGACAACUGGUCCCCACCCUUCCACCACAAGACCGAGGAACAGCUGCAGCGCUUAAAGAAGUCCAUUUCUGGCAACUUCCUCUUCAGCCACUUGGACGAUGAGCAGAGUGCUCAAGUGUUGGGUGCUCUGGUGGAAAAAGCAAUUCCAGCAAAGGGAAUCAAAGUCAUUACACAAGGAGACGAAGGCGACUACUUCUAUGUGGUAGAGAAGGGUUCUUUCGUUGUUUAUGUCAACAAGAGUGGUUCAUUGCAACCAGGCCCAGCAGGUUUGGGCGAGGAAGUCGCGACUAUUCGGCCUGGUGGUUCCUUUGGAGAGCUUGCCCUCAUGUAUAACGCUCCCAGAGCAGCUACUGUCAUGUCAGCAGAAGCCGGCUGUACUCUUUGGGCUCUUGAUCGUAUCACCUUCCGUCGGAUCCUCAUGGACUCAACCUUCCAACGUCGCCGUCUGUACGAGAGCUUCCUAGAAGAAGUUCCCCUUCUGGCGUCACUUACGAAGUAUGAGAGAUCGAAGAUCGCAGAUGCGCUGGAGACACAUAAGUAUCCUUCAGGCACUACAAUCAUCAAGGAAGGUGAUGCUGGCGAAGCUUUCUAUCUCCUUGAAAGUGGUCAGGCUGAAGCUUACAAGAGUGGCACCCAAGGUGCGGUAAAGCAAUAUACCAAAGGUGACUACUUUGGUGAGCUCGCCUUACUGAACGAUGCUCCCAGAGCCGCCAGUGUCAUCAGUAAGACAGAAGUGAAGGUCGCCAAAUUAGGCAAGGAUGGUUUCCAGAGAUUGCUGGGUCCAGUCGAGAGCAUUAUGAGACGUACGAAAUAUGAUGAAGGAGUGGAAGAAAUUGAUCCGCUCCACAAGAAGUAACGAUGUUUGGACUUGGGGUUUAAGUUAUUAGUAGGCGUUAGACAUGGUUACGUUCAUUCACGAGUUCAACUGGCUUUAUUGGCUCCGAUACCUUUGAUGCAGAGAGGACAAUGAAACAUUUUCAAUGAUUAGUCUCC